CCGAACGCGAUUCUCAAAACAAUCUGGGAAUGGCUCACGAUCAAAACAAUGCAGACUGCGGCAGACUGCCAAAGAUCUAUUGUCUGCCGAUGUUAUCUCUGUCUCGGACUGAUUGAUUGUGACAGUGAUUGUGUAGCCCUGUGGCAUCCAAGGACCAAGUCCAAGGCGCUGGCAUCCCAUUGGGAAGAUCUGCCGGAGGAGACGAGGGCAGAGUGGAGAUAAUUUUACGUGUAGCCUGACAUUAUGUGAAGACAACAUAAAUCCAUAUAUAUGAAGUUUGGAGAACAAAAUGGCAAAACCUGGGAGGAAGCAAUCCUCAACAACAGAAGGAAAGAUGUCUAAAAAGAAACUGUUGAAUGGAGAACUGGGCAGCAAUGGGGAACCUGUACAGCACGAAGUGACUACCAGAGCAGAUUCCACCAAUUAUGCAACUAGAGGGGCAAUAACCCUUGUUGUACCCAGAUGGUUGUACUGCUACAUGCCGAUCGCUGUGGGUGUACUGGCUGUGGUGUCAUCGUCAUUUGUCUCUCGGUACCAUCAACAUGUCCUGGAAGACCAAUUGUUGAAGAAGACGGACACACUUGGGUUGGAGGCUGUGGAUGUUUUUGUGGAUCUGGAUAAGGAUGGAGACUUUCAUUUGAGUCUAGAAGAAGCUGAGCCACUUCUGCUCCAUUUUGUGGAUCAGGCCCAGGGAAAGCCCACAGUGUUUAGCUCUGAUGUGAUCCCAGGAGAGGAUGUGGUCUCUGUAGUGGCCAGGUUCACUCCUUUGAAUACAAGCACAAUGACUAAAGACUUUGAGAACGAUUUUCAGAACAACGAAUCUUUCCAUGGUUUGUUCCACUGGUUGUCACCUCACACGCCGGUCAAGGACUUUGGUGUUUCCAGAUUCAGGGACUUACUGCCUGAUGACUUAGAGAACAUUCCAGUGCCAGGAACUGUCUACUCCCUGGUGGAGGCACCUCAUGGACUCCUAGGCUCUCCCCAUCUGCCCAGCAAUCGCUACUAUCCACCGAGAGCUGUAGGGCGGGAAAUCAGUGUGCAGCAUCUGCUGGCCAUGUUCCACCCACAAGCAUUUGUGACCAUGCGGUUCCCGCCCCAGGGCGUGCUGGCCUGUGUCAGGGCCAUAAGUCAGAGUCACAUUGCUGUUGCCUUCAGGAUGCAUUCUGAGUUUCAGUUAAAUGAACCUCCACUGCUUCCCUUCUGGUUUACACCCUCCCAGUUCGCGGGUUCCCUGGUGAUGUCCCGCGACGGGAGCAGAGUGGAACACUUACACUUGUUUGUUCCCACGGACAGACGCUUGAAUGUUGAUAUGGAAUGGCUGAACGACAAAGAUGACCCUGAGAGCAUGGAGGUGGACAUAGGCUACAUGCCUUUGAUGGAGCUGAGCAGUGCGGGACCCUCCAGGCCAAAAGCCUACAUGGAGGAGGCCCAACAAGUUGAGGAGUUCUCCUGGGAUGACAUCGCAUGGGAGCAGGAGAUCUCAGAACAAGAGGCGAGGGACGCCCUGGAACUGAAGCUGUUCCCGUUUAAACAGGUGAAGUAUCACAACCUCUCGGAGGCAUUCACGGUGGCCCAGGCAGAGUCCAAGCUUGUCCACUGCAUCGUCCUGUGGGGAGCGCUGGACGACCAGAGCUGCUGAGGGUCAGCCCGGACCUUGAGGGAGUCUGCUCUCCAGGGUCCAAAGGUCAUGGCUCUACUGCAUCAGCGCUUCGUCAGCUCCUGGACUCUCCUGGUUGACUUGAAGGCGCAUGCGGCAGACACCAGCCUCCCAUUCUCAUUCAUUGCUCAAUCAUUUCUCGACAUUUAUGAAUUCCCUGUGACGAUGUUGGUGGCGCGCGGUAAUGGUGAGGUUGUUCACCAGCUCAAUGCUAACACACUCCUGGACAUGGAGCACAGCCUUAUGGAACACGGCUUGUCAGAUCCAUCUGAACAUAAUUAUCUCCAGUUCCUGAAGGAAGGAAUCCGUGUGGCUGAGGAGACAGCAUCAUAAUUCUAGUUUCCCUGGGUGGAAGAAAAAAAGAAGGCAGCUUUAUGAUAAUUAUUAUCUGCGAAUUUAUUGUGUUACUCUGAGAACCUCCAACAAAGUAAGGUCUCAGUUUUUCAGAGCAGUCAUGGAAGUGUUUUGGAUUGUCUGUGUGCUUUUGCAUGAGUGAGAAAGUUUUGGUUGUGGAAGAUUAUGAUGGUAUUUAAUUCUUUUAUGGCUGUUUAACUCUGAAGUCUUGUCUACUGAAUUGUGCAAUGGAAGAGAAGACAUUAUCAAAUGUUUUUAAUGUUCACAGUAAAUGGAAAUAUUAAUUGUUAUUCUCUUACGUGCAUGGGGGGGGGGGGGGGGGGGGAGGGGGGGCUGGGCUGAUGCUCUUUUUCCAUAUGUCUUAACUGUGGAACAUUCACGCUAGUGUGAACAACUUCAAAUUUUGCAGCCGUUAAGACACUGACUACCACUGGAAUUUCUGCUUUCUGAAGUCAAUAAUAAGUUCUUUGUCUCUCUUCCCUUAGACGUGAGGAAAUCAUAAUUGGGCCUGUAAUAAAGGAGCAGAUAAAUGUUAUAUAUGAGAUUUUACAGGUUGAAUCUUUUAUUGUUGAAUUGUGAAACAAAUCUCUUUAAUUUGAUGAGAUCCUUAUGAAGUCUUUUCGUGUGUAAUGGUGUAGUGAGUUAUUCUGGGGGGAACAAUAUCCCUUUUGACUCCCUAAGUAGUUUUGAAAUUCUUGUCAGAUGGUGUAUGAUUUAGUUUGAUGAAUGUGGUACAAAACUUCAAAAUUUUCACAAAGUAUUUCUUUUUAUUUAAGACUACUAGUUUUGAGGCCCAACUGUUUGGCUGAAUUGUAUAAUUUAAGGUCUGAGAACAAUAACUUAAAGGAAUUCUACAAUACCCCCGUAGAAUGUGGUAUCCAGACAGAACAAAAUGUGGUAUAGAUUUCACAUCAAUGUUUUUGAUUAUUUUCCAACAUUGUUUUUAAACACAUUUUUCAAUUUUGUAUGUGGACACCAUGGGACUCAAUGUUAUUUAUGUCCUGUACAUUUUACGAUGCUCUACUUGUUAGUCAAAUCUUGGUGGAAUAUUUCUGUGGCAGAAAUACUGUGGCUGCUGUCUUUAACUUACGCUCUAUUUAUUGUGUCUGUUUGCCUUGAAUGCUUUUUUGUCAAUAAUUUUAAAUAAUUUCCGUAUGACUUUUGUUGGUGUUUAUGUUUGGGUUUC